GCGCGAGGCGGGAGCGCCGGCCGGCCCCUCCCCUCUUUGGCGGCGCGCGCGUCCCGACGCGCACGCGCAGAGGCCCGUGACCGAGGCCGCGCCUGUGCCCGCGCCCGUGCGAUCGGCCUCGGCAGCGGCGGCGGCGGCGGGAACGCGAGCGGAGCCGCGUGAGGCCCGGGCCCAGCCCCGGCGGAGAGCGCGCCAGUAGCGCGGGAUGGCGGCGUCUGUGGCGGCGGGCGCGGGCAGCCCUGGCUCCGGGGACGGGCCCGCGGGCGCCGACAAGCGCGGGCCCGGGGGCCCCGGAGGAGCGGCCGCCUCGGCCUCGGCGGCGUCCGGGGGGCCCUCGGCGCCUGGGCCCGCCGCCGCCUCCGCGGCCUCCGCCGCCGCCGCCUCGUCGUCGUCCUCGGCCGGCGGGCCCUCGGGGCCCGGGGCCUCAGCCUCGGGCGCCGCCGGCUCCGGUCCCGCCGCGGCCGCGGCCUCGGCCUCGGCCUCGGGCGGCGCGGGCUCGGGCGGCGGGCCCAGCGGGGCGGCCGAGUUGCUGGAGCACUGCGGUGUGUGCCGGGAGCGCCUGAGGCCCGAGCGGGAGCCGCGCCUGCUGCCCUGCCUGCACUCGGUGUGCGGCCAGUGCCUGCUGCUCGGGCCGGCCUCCGCGCCGGGCGGCGCCGCCGGGCCCGCCUCCUCUGCCGGCCCCGCGGCCGCCAACAACGGGGGCGACGGCGCCGUGGUGGACUGCCCCGUGUGCAAGCAGCAGUGCUUCGCCAAGGACAUCGUGGAGAACUACUUCAUGAGGGACAGCGGUGCCAAGACCGCCCCGGACCCCAAGGAUGCCAACCAGUGCUGUACCAGUUGUGAGGACAAUGCCCCGGCCACCAGCUAUUGCGUGGAGUGCUCAGAGCCCCUCUGUGAGACCUGCGUGGAGGCUCACCAGCGUGUCAAGUACACCAAGGACCACACCGUCCGCUCCACUGGCCCUGCCAAGUCUCGAGACGGGGAGCGCACUGUCUAUUGCUCAGUCCACAAGCAUGAGCCCUUGGUCCUCUUCUGCGAGAGUUGUGACACCCUCACCUGCCGAGACUGCCAACUCAAUGCCCACAAGGACCAUCAGUACCAGUUCCUAGAGGAUGCUGUGAGAAACCAGAGGAAGCUCUUGGCCUCCUUGGUCAAACGCCUGGGGGAUAAACACGCCACCCUGCAGAAGAACACCAAGGAAGUGCGCACCUCGAUCCGCCAGGUAACAGAUGUGCAGAAGCGGGUGCAGGUGGAUGUGAAGAUGGCCAUCCUGCAGAUCAUGAAAGAAUUAAAUAAGCGGGGCCGGGUGCUGGUCAACGACGCCCAGAAGGUGACGGAGGGGCAGCAGGAGCGCUUGGAGCGCCAGCACUGGACCAUGACCAAGAUUCAGCGUCACCAGGAGCACAUCCUGCGCUUCGCCUCCUGGGCCUUGGAGAGCGACAACAACACCGCUCUGUUGCUGUCCAAGAAGCUGAUUUACUUCCAGCUUCACCGGGCCCUCAAGAUGAUAGUGGACCCCGUGGAGCCCCAGGGGGACAUGAAGUUCCAGUGGGACCUCAACGCUUGGACCAAAAGUGCUGAGGCCUUCGGCAAGAUUGUUUCUGAGAGGAGCGGGCCUGGCUCCAUGGCCCCUCCCCGGCCCCCUGGCAAGCCUGGAGGCAAUCAGGCCAUGGACCUGCAAGAGGGCUAUGGGAGCUAUGGCCCAGAUGAUCCCUACAGCGCUGAGCCCAAUGUGUCGGGGAUGAAAAGGUCCAGGUCUGGUGAGGGGGAAGUGAGUGGCCUUAUGCGGAAGGUACCCCGAGUGAGCUUGGAACGCCUUGAUCUGGACCUCACAGCGGACAGCCAGCCCCCUGUCUUCAAAGUCUUCCCUGGGACCACCAACGAGGACUACAACCUCAUUGUCAUCGAGAGGGGGGGCCAGCCAGGGGCCCCUGGUGGGCCUCCCAUGCCACCCAUGGCCAUGGUUAAGGAGGAAGAGACUGAGGCUGCCAUCGGAGCCCCCCCAGGAGUGGAGGGGAUGGAGACAAAACCGCUGCUCCUGCCUCCCCUGGAGGCUUCGGGACCCGAGGGCCCUCACCUGGCCUCACCCAGUGGCAGCACCAGCUCUGGCCUGGAAGUGCUGGGUGGGCCUGAUGCAGCCGCGGCAGCAACUUCUGCCACUAGUGGCCCCGGAGCCGUGGAUGACAGCGCUACCAUCUGCCGUGUCUGCCAGAAGCCAGGGGACCUGGUGAUGUGUAGCCAGUGCGAAUUCUGCUUCCAUUUGGAAUGCCACCUGCCCACUCUGCAGGAGGUGCCUGGGGAGGAGUGGAGCUGCUCCCUGUGCCAGGAGGUAGUGGACUGUAAAGAUGAGGUCCCUCUUCCUGGUCCCGAGAGUAAGUGUGAACGUGUGCUGCUGGCCUUGCUCUGUCAUGAGCCGUGCCGUCCCCUGCACCGACUGGCAACAGACCCCACUCCUUCAUCGGAGCAGCCAGGCACCCUGGACCUCACUCUGAUCCGAGCGCGCCUGCAGGAGAAGCUGUCGCCCCCCUAUGGCUCCCCCCAGGAGUUUGCCCAGGAUGUGGGCCGCAUGUUCAAGCAAUUCAACAAACUCACGGAGGACAAAGCUGACGUCCAGUCCAUCAUCGGCCUCCAACGCUUCUUUGAGACUCGCAUGAACGAGGCUUUUGGGGACACCAAGUUCUCUGCCAUUCUGGUGGAGCCCCUCCCUCCCCCUCUCCCAGGCCCUGGCCUGGCCCCUCCGGAGCUGGUGGGGGGCCCCAGCGAUGGUAACUGAGCCCCGCCUUGCCCACGGCACCGUGGUCCCCUCACUCAUUCCCUCCUCCACCUGUCGGUCCUUCUGUUUCCUCCCCCAGAUGCGGUUUUUACUUCUCUCAAUUUAAUAAAAACGUAACCCAGGAGGCAAGGUCCCCCAAGUCAUGCAGACCCAGAGCGAGCAGGGUGUCCUGGGGGGUCCCUGGCAUGGGGCUGGCUCGGUGGGCAUGGCUGUUUGGUGGGCUGCCCCGGCCCUCCCCCCCACGUUUAGCGAGGCUUCUCUGGGAUGCAGCCCAGGGAGGGGAGAGGACCCCACCCCUGAGGCUGCUGGUGGGUGAACUCCCGUAGACAGUCUUUCCUCUUGGGGCCCCCCACAGCCACUUGCUGUGAGAAGCUCCGACCCCCAAGGUCUGAAGGGCCGUCUUGUCUUUGGAUGGCUCCCAAGUCGGCUUAGUUUUUCCUGACAAUCUCUCCCUGGAGAAGCUGGGGUUUGGAGGGGCUUUGGGGAGCCUCCCCAUGGAGGGUGGGGCCCAGGAGCUGCCUUUACUUUGUCAUCUGCUUCUUGUACUGAACACCCACCCAAUAAACUUGCCAGCCAUGCCUCUCCCCA